AUGUCUCUUCUCAAGAGUUUCAUCGCCUUCGCAGGCAUCAUUGCUGUGGCUUCCAGCAACCGCCUGGUGCCUAGAGCAUCAAUUGCUUGCUCGACAUCAAGUGGUCCCGGUUUCUGUCAGAGCACUUCUCGUGCUUGCUCAGGCGGAAAAUAUAUAGCUGGUGCUUGUCCCGGUGGUGCAGACAAUCAAUGCUGCGUAGCAACAUGUUCCAGCGGAAAAGGGGCAUGCCAAGCAACAUCUGUAGCAUGCUCUAGUGGAUCCUCUAGCUCUGGUCUUUGCCCCGGACCUGCUGACAUACAAUGCUGCAUUAAAAGUGGUGGCGGUACCACUCCACUACCAUCUACUGGCGCUGGGUCUCUAGGAAUCGAUAUAUCCCAACUCGGAACCCCAGAAUUUUUUGCGUGCGCCAAGAAAACCAAAGACGUGGUCGCCAUCCGCGGCUACCAACAAGCAUGCGGCACCGGCGGUCAAGUAGACAAAAACUUCGCCGCCUCCUACAAAAAUGCGAAAGCCGCCGGUUUCACCGGUAUCGACUCCUACAUAUUUCCCUGCAGCGGUACGCCCACCGGUUCCGAGCCAAAAUGCAAGAGCGUCGAUACGCAAAUAGCCGAAUACCUCAAAGUAAUCUCCGACAACCACAUGAACAUCAAUACCCUCUGGCUGGAUCUCGAACCCACCUCCGUCUCCAAUUACCCCUGCAACGCCUGGAAUCUAGGCGCUGCCGCCAAUGAAAAACUCGCCAAGCAAUGGGUUUCCGCGAUGAAAGCCACGGGGUUGAAAUGGGGCAUCUAUGCUAAUGGAAAUCAAUGGAGCGGCAUGUUUGCGAGCCGCAGUACGGAUAUUGGGAGCGAGUUGCCGUUGUGGGCUGUGCAGCAGGAUUAUAAGGAGGGUGUGAAUACGGUGGAUACUUUCAUGGGGGGUUGGACAAAGGCCGUUGCUAAGCAGUAUCGUCUUGAUACAAAGAUCUGUGGUCUCGAUGUGGAUUUGGAUUCGUUCCUCUAA